UAAGUAAAGAUAAAAACCCUAACGACCUCACUCCAAAUCCACACACGCACUCUCACUCACUGAAUCGCUGUAAAAUCUCUCGUUUAUCUUCUUUCUUCCGCUUCCCCCUUUCCUUGUUUUUGAUCUGUUUUCGACCUCUCUUCACGAAGAAACCCGUUUUCGAAGUGUUUCUUAAUCACGUGUUAGGGUUCUAAUCAGUUUCUGACCAGCCUGCUCUGUUGAUCUUUCUGCAAAUGUGAUUUAUCAGAAUCUUGGGACAAUCGCGGUUCGGUUUGAUUCACUCGGGAUCUGAGGUUGGUUACUCCUUGCUCGUAUGAUCUGAGGAAAUUAGUGUAUAGCAGAUUAAGCUGGAGUUUCGUUGGUAAGGAUCAAGAUGGAUCUCGGGUCUAAGAUUCUCGUCUUUUUAGCACUCUUCGUCACCGCGAAAGCAGAGGUUUACAUUGUGACAAUGGAUGGAGAUCCAAUCAUAAGCUACAGAGGCGGUGAAAAUGGUUUCGAAGCCACUGCAAUGGAAUCUGAUGAGAAAGUUGAUGCAAAAAGUGAAUCGGUGAUAUCUUAUGCAAGUCACCUCGAGAAGAAACAUGACAUGCUUCUCGGGAUGCUCUUCCAUGAAGGAACAUACAGAAAGCUGUACAGUUAUAAGCACCUUAUAAAUGGAUUUGCAGCUCACAUUACCCAUGAACAGGCAGAAAUCCUUCGUCGUGCCCCGGAUGUGAAAUCAGUGGACAGAGAUUGGAAAGUGAAGAAACUCACGACACAUACACCAGAGUUUCUGGGACUGCCUACCGACGUUUGGCCCACGGGUGGCGGUUACGAUAGGGCAGGAGAAGAUGUCGUUAUCGGGUUUGUUGACUCGGGGAUUUACCCGCAUCACCCGAGUUUCGCCUCUCGUCACACUGUACCUUAUGGCCCGCUUCCCGGUUACAAAGGGAAGUGUGAAGACGAUCCUCUUUCCGGGAAGAGCUUCUGCAAUGGUAAGAUCAUAGGAGCACAGCAUUUUGCUGAAGCCGCGAAAGCUGCUGGAGCGUUUAACCCAGAUAUCGAUUAUGCUUCACCAAUGGAUGGUGAUGGACAUGGAAGUCAUACAGCAGCUAUAGCAGCCGGAAAUAAUGGUAUCCCGGUGAGAAUGCAUGGCUAUGAGUUUGGUAAAGCGAGCGGGAUGGCUCCUCGUGCGAGGAUUGCUGUUUACAAGGCUCUUUACCGAUUGUUCGGUGGCUUUGUAGCUGAUGUGGUUGCAGCCAUUGAUCAGGCUGUUCAUGACGGAGUUGAUAUUCUGAGUCUCUCGGUAGGUCCGAACACUCCUCCUGCAACUACAAAGACAACAUUCUUAAAUCCAUUUGAUGCUACGCUUCUUGGUGCUGUAAAAGCCGGUGUUUUUGUUGCUCAAGCUGCUGGCAAUGGAGGGCCUUUCCCAAAAACUUUGGUUUCUUACAGCCCUUGGAUCACUACCGUGGCGGCUGCCAUUGAUGACCGCAGAUACAAAAACCAUCUGACCCUCGGGAACGGAAAAACGCUUCCCGGAAUUGGAUUGACCCCUUCUACUCAUCCUCGUCGUUCAUAUGUUAUGGUUUCCGCAAAUGAUGUUUCGGUGGAUUCUUCCAUGGCAAAGUACAAUCCAGCAGAUUGCCAGAGGCCGGAAGUCUUGAACAAGAGAUUGGUCGAGGGAAACAUUCUUCUUUGUGGAUACUCUUUCAACUUUGUCAGUGGAACAGCUUCCGUCAAGAAGGUUGCGGAGACAGCCAAGCAUCUCGGAGCUGUCGGGUUUGUUCUCGUUGUCGAGAAUGUUUCCCCGGGAACGAAAUUCGACCCUUUCCCCUCUCCCAUUCCUGGCAUCUUGAUCACAGAAAUCUCUAAGUCAAUGGAAUUGAUUGAUUACUAUAACGUCACGACAGCGAGGGAUUGGACGGGAAGGGUAAAGAGUUUUAAAGCAAUGGGAAGCAUUGGAGAUGGGUUGGAACCGAUACUUCACAAAUCAGCUCCUGAAGUGGCAUUGUUCUCGGCUCGAGGACCUAACACCAAAGAUUUCAGCUUUCAAGAUGCCGAUCUUCUCAAACCCGAUAUUCUUGCUCCGGGUUCUCUCAUAUGGGCUGCAUGGUCGCCAAAUGGAACAGACGAAGCAAAUUACGUCGGCGAAGAAUUUGCGAUGAUAUCGGGAACUAGCAUGGCUGCUCCACACAUAGCCGGGAUAGCUGCUCUUGUGAAGCAGAAGCAUCCUCAGUGGAGCCCUGCUGCUAUAAAAUCGGCUCUGAUGACAACCUCGACUAUCAUAGACAGAGCAGGGAGACCUUUACAAGCUCAGCAGUAUUCCGAAACCGAGGUUGUGAACUUUAUCAAAGCCACUCCUUUCGAUUACGGAAGUGGUCAUGUCAAUCCACGAGCUUCACUAGAUCCAGGUCUCAUCUUCGAGGCAGGGUACGAAGACUAUGUCGGGUUCUUGUGCACGACGCGGGGGAUCGACGAAGAUGAGAUCAGGAGGUACACGAACAGACCGUGCAACUACACCAUGAAACAUCCUUCAAACUUCAACGUUCCAUCCAUAGCCAUUGCCCACCUGGCGAGGAUCCAGACUGUAACGAGGAGAGUGACGAAUGUUGCAGAAGAGGAAGAGACUUACACUGUGACAGCGACGAUGGAUCCUUCCAUCGCCAUUGAAGUAAACCCUCCUGCAAUGACAAUCAGAGCGGGAAACUCCAGAGAGUUCUCGGUGAUUUUGACGGUGAGAUCGGUGACCGGAGAAUACAGUUUCGGGGAGGUGAUGUUGAAAGGAAGCAGAGGGCAUAAGGUUAGGAUUCCGGUGGUGGCGAUGGGACAGGGGCGAUGAGCAGACAGGAACUGUGUCCGGUUCGGUGGAGAUAUAUGUCUGGUUUGUGAUGUUAUUCUUUGUAAUAUGGUAAAUUGGUAAAUCGGUGGAGAUAUAUGUCUGGUAAGUGUUGAGAGAGGGAUGGGUUUUGUCUUUGAAAAUGUUUGAUCACAUGAUGAAGUCUUA